AAAAAAAUUUGCCUGUGGCAACACUGAACGCAACUAUGAUUAGACGAUUAAUUUAGAUUUGUAUUAUAAAUAAGCGCUCUACGAAUAUUGGACUCAGUUUUCAUAUAGUAACAGGCAUACAUACUUCUUCAAUACAAGUCACACGAACGUUGAUUAACUAAAUUGAUAGCAACUGUUUUGUACAUACGAAUAUAGUUCGAAGAGGAUUCUAACACCUCUUCAGUACGCCAAUCUACAUACAUCAUACAUCAUACAUACCGAGUACGUUGUAUCUCAGCUCUAUUAUUCGGAUUAUACAGUCCACUGCAUUUUCAUAUCGCCUCAAUAUUUUCAAUAUUAUCGAAGAAUGGUGUGGACUCGACCAGCUGGCCCCCCACAUGUGUGGAGUGUCAUUGAGUUGAUUGAUUCUGCUGGAGAGAAGAGAAAAUUCUCACUGCAGGAAAUUCCUGAGGAGCGGUACGAAGAGGCACUUUGUCAUAUGUGCUCUAUCUUCGUGAAGGAUGAAACAAUAUGUCGGGCUAUGGGUGUGAUAAACGAUCCCCAAUCGGUGGAACAAGGGCGAAUAUUAUAUGGUCAGGCACUGUCACAAGGAAUUUCCGUCGCUGCUUUCGAGAUUACUAAGGAGGAUGCAGAACCAACGCUUGCUGGUAUGAAUGUGCUUGUUUACGUUGACGAGGAGACGGACAAGGUGAUGAAAUCACUGGAGGGGAAAUCGAAAUUUAUGGAUCUCUUACGCUAUGUGAUGACAGUUUCUGCCCUUGCGGAUCCUCGGAAAAUCUACAAGGUCGAUAAAUAUCUAAGUGCUCUUGGAUUGAGUGUAAAACCUGAAUACCGGCGACUGGGAUUGGGUCAAAAGCUGUUAGAAUUGAGAGACGGAAUUGGAAAAAAGUAUGGUAUCGAGUACACAUCAACGCAGUUUACGAGUCCAACUUCUCAGAGUCUAGCAAAAAAAGUCGGAUUCAAGACAGAUUUGGAGUGUCCUUACGAGGAAGCACUCCGUGAAGACGGAACUCCUUUACUGCCGACACUCAAAGGAAAGAGUUGUAAAAUUAUGAGUAAACGCAUCGCUUGAAUGAACUGUUCCAGUCGAUAAAUUAAUUAAUUUAGGUUGACGGAAAAAAGCUCAUACGAUAAAAAUUCUGGAUAAAAAUAUUUAUUAAAAAUAUGUUAUACUAGUGAGUUUCACCCAACAUUUUCAUACAAA